AUGGAAAGAGGGAAAGAUGAAGGAAGACGACAGCUAGAAGAGGCGAUAAAAGAAGAAGCAAAAACACCAUUCGCACGAUAUAUACAAUUAGUAACAAUACCAACAAAAUGCACACUUCCCACUUUUCAUAAUAUCUUUGAUGGAUCUACAUGUGAAGUCCAACAUAUAAAGGCGUACAUCUUAGGUUUGCUACAAUGGGAGGAUAACGAUGCGGUCUUAUGCAAGUAUUUUCCGGCGAGCCUCACAGGAGAAGCUUUGAAAUGGUUUGAUGGAUUUCCAGUAGGCUCAAUAAGAUCAUUCCAGCACUUUCAGAGUCUUUUCUUGGGACAAUACAUCAGCAACAAUAUGCUAAUGCAAGGAAUCGAGAAAGUAUUCAUCCUGCAAAGAAGAACAAAUGAAAGCCUGCGAGCUAUGACCACUAGAUGGAGGACCAUGUGCAGUGAAAUGGCAGGACGAGUGGACGAAAGAAAUCUCAUCUUAGCAUUCAUAAAUGCACUAUUUCCAACUGAUUUGUUUUAUACGCGGAUAUUCAGGAUGAAAGACAGAAUAACAAAGGCAGAGUUGCGCGAGUACCAAGAAGAGUGCAUCGCUGUUGAAGAAAAACAAAGAGAUAUGGAGUCUUAUCCAGUUGCAGUUGCGAAUGCAAAGGAAGGAAACACCAGUCUAUUUCCAAGAAUAACGAACACGAUUGCGAGCAAUUCACAAGGUAACAUGGAAAAAGCAACCGCAGAAGACAAGCAAAAGUAG